AUGUCCCACACCAUGAUCUUGACCGGUGCCUCUAGAGGCAUUGGUGCGGCUGUGGCCGAAAUUUACCUUUCCAAGUCCCAAUCCAAUAACCUUGUAGCAAUCGCCAGAUCAGAGCUGGCUUUGAACUCUUUGAAGGAGAAGUACGGUGAUAGAGUUAAGACGGUGGCUGGAGAUGUGAGCGACGAGAAGGUUGCCACUGAAGCUGUUGAGAAAGCCCUCGAGUUUGGCUCAAUUGACUCUGUUGUUGCUAAUGCUGGUGUGCUUGAUCCAGUUGAUACUGUGGCCAAGGCAGACAUUGCUAAGUGGAAGCAGUUGUUUGAUAUUAACUUCUUUUCUGUGGUUGGUCUUAUUACCAAGGCAUUGCCUCACCUUAAGAAGUCCAAUGGCCGUUUUGUUGCUGUUCUGUCUGGAGCUCUGACAAACUCAUACUACGGUUGGGGAGCUUAUGGCGCUUCCAAGGCUGCUGUCAACCAUCUUGUACAGACAUUGGUUGCUGAAGAUAAGGAAGUGAAUGCAAUUUCUAUUGCUCCUGGUGUUGUUGAUACCAGCAUGCAAGAAGAUAUUAGAAACAAGUUUGGUGCUAACAUGACUCCAGAGAGUUUGAAGAAGUUUGUCGAUUUGCACGAGAACAAGGGUUUGUUGCCUGCUGAAGUGCCCGCAAACUUGCUUGUGAACUUGGCAACCAAGGGUUGGGGUUCGUCUCUCAACGGAGGAUACUAUAGAAUCGGUGAGGAUGCUCUCAAGGAGUUUCUGUAA